AUGGAGGACCAAGGUAUAAAAGCUGAAGAUCCCAAUGGCGACUGCGCCAUUGCAACUACCCCACGGUCCGAUACCAGUGGUAGUAGUCCCAUCCUAGGCAUGAAGAGGCCGAUCGCGCAAAGCUUCGGGUCCUAUGCAAUUUCUGCUAAAAAUACAGUAACCGACUCGUUGUUGAGCGAGAUCGACUCUGACCUAGCGAAAUCGAGCAAAAAGAAACGCCGGAUUUUCAGCUGCGACAGCUGUCGGAAGCUCAAGACCAAGUGCGACUACAGUCCGGGCGAAGGAAGCUGUAAACGUUGUCACCGGCUCAGAUUGGACUGUUCGCUUGCGAGCGAGUCCGGGAUCCGUCAAGAGGUUGAAACCACACCCGUUUCCACCCGAGAUGAUUCCCGACUCAGCCGCAUUGAGCAAACAGUCGAUUCUUUCAACGGCAAGCUGAGCUCGUUGCUCGAACUGGUGAAGCAAUCGCUUGGUUCCGGCAACCAGCUGGACUUUUCUGUUUCUCCCGAAAACGAGCUGUUAUCUAAUUACGACGUUUUGGCGCCGCUCAAUGUCAUCAAACAGAUCGACUCCAAGCUGUUUCAUCGCCCGAAUAAGAGAGACCCUUUCAAGCGGGCUUGCGAUCAGUUCUUGAAGUUCUACUUCCAGAAAGAGCAGCUGUGUCUCGAACUUUCACGGAGUUUUCUUGAAAUAUCUCAUUUCUGGAUCAUUCCUGGAGGUAUCACAUCUAUAGACCGCAAAUACGUGCUGGACCACCCAUUCAUCACUUGUGUUUUUGUCAUUUUGGCCAUGUGCUUUGACGAAAAUUACAAGUACGUUGACGAACAAAAUGAACUCUACAUGCUCACCACCAAACUGCUUGGAGUCGCGCUAGUCACUGAACCGCUCAGCGACCAUGACAUCGAGGCAAUCUUAUACAUCUCGUUGUACAAUAUCGCGCGCAAACCAAAACAAUCCGAAUUUGAUAGCUGGCUUCUUUCAAGUAUCGGUCUAAAGCACUUGAUGAUAUCCAUCGACUUUAAAAACCUGAGUCAUAGGGUGUCUAUGAAUAUAUUCAAUGCGGACGACCUUUUUCACUUGCGGAUCUUCAAUUCUAUGUGUUCGUGCCACUUCCAGAGCUCGAUAGGCUACGGUAGACCGAUCAUGCUGACAUCUACUUACCUUGAGCUUCGUGACCUGACGUUGAAAUUCCCUAAAGCCACUUUUGGGGACGCUAUCAAGGUCGCCGAGAUUGAGCUGUAUCUGCUGCUUUCGCGUGGACUCGCAGACUCGUCGCUGGCGUACAGUUUGAAAAACGACCUGCUGUAUUACUCGGAGUUCAACGAUUGGCAGGAACAAUGGUCGAAAAUCAUCCAGAAGGACGUAUCGCAGAUGCUUACAUUUGCGUACAACUUUGCACACAUUAUGUUGGCUCGGAAAGCUGCGCAAAAGUCCGAAUCUAACGGUCCCGAUCCGUUGAUUUGCUACAAUACUGCCUGCCACUACUCAUUUGAGACAUUGAACAGGUUCUUAUUGCUUUCCAACAGUCUGGUCAAGGGCUCGCCAUCUUUCCAAUUGAAUCAGGUCGUCUACUCAAGCAUUACCUUAUGUGAUUACAUGGAGGUGAUGAAGCCGAACGAAAGAAGAACGUCAUUAAACUUGAUCUCCAAAGUUUAUUGGCAUUUGAAUAAAGUUGGUGAAAAAAUGAACGACGCGACCGAUACAAUAGCGAAAAUCAUCCACAAGCUCGUGGAUACCGCUAACAAUGCGCAAUUCCCAAAGUCUACGCCUCACAAAUUGUCGCAAAACCGGGAAAGACUUUCGGUAGCAGCGUUGCCGAAAUCUGUUACGGAUCAAUUAUAUAGCCCGCCCAAGCCCCAAACCGAAAUUGAAGAGUAUGAAUUCAAAUUGCCGGAUGUUGCCGAUUUCGACAACUUUGAAGAUUUCUUCAGGGGUUUGUUUGAUAAAUAG